AUGGCGCCGCCCGCCGCCCGCCUCGCCCUGCUCUCCGCCGCGGCCCUCACGCUGGCGGCCCGGCCCGCGCCCGGCCCCGGCCUUGGCCCCGGACCCGAAUGUUUCACAGCCAAUGGUGCAGAUUACAGGGGAACUCAGAACUGGACAGCACUGCAAGGUGGGAAGCCAUGUUUAUUCUGGAAUGAGACUUUCCAGCAUCCAUACAACACUCUGAAAUACCCCAAUGGAGAGGGUGGCCUGGGCGAACAUAACUAUUGCAGAAACCCAGAUGGAGAUGUGAGCCCCUGGUGCUACGUGGCAGAGCAUGAAGAUGGGGUGUACUGGAAGUACUGCGAGAUUCCUGCCUGUCAGAUGCCUGGAAAUCUUGGCUGCUACAAGGAUCAUGGAAACCCACCUCCUCUAACUGGCACCAGUAAAACAUCCAACAAACUCACGAUACAGACCUGCAUCAGUUUCUGUCGGAGUCAGAGGUUCAAGUUUGCUGGGAUGGAGUCAGGCUAUGCUUGCUUCUGUGGGAACAACCCUGAUUACUGGAAGUACGGGGAGGCAGCCAGCACCGAGUGCAACAGCGUUUGCUUCGGGGAUCACACCCAGCCCUGUGGGGGUGAUGGCAGGAUCAUCCUCUUUGAUACUCUCGUUGGUGCCUGUGGUGGGAACUACUCAGCCAUGACAUCCGUGGUCUAUUCCCCCGACUUUCCUGACACCUAUGCCACAGGGCGGGUCUGCUACUGGACCAUCCGGGUCCCAGGAGCUUCCCACAUCCACUUCAACUUCACCUUGUUUGACAUCAGAGAUUCUGCAGACAUGGUGGAGCUGCUGGAUGGCUACACCCACCGCGUCCUGGUCCGAUUCAAUGGGAGAAACCGCCCACCUCUGUCCUUUAAUGUCUCUCUGGAUUUCGUCAUUUUGUAUUUCUUCUCUGAUCGCAUCAAUCAGGCCCAGGGAUUUGCUGUCUUAUACCAAGCCAUCAAGGAAGAAGUGCUGCAGGAGAGGCCCACUGUCAACCAGACACUGGCCGAGGUGAUCACGGAGCAGGCCAACCUCAGUGUCAGCGCUGCCCACUCCUCUAAAGUCCUCUACGUCAUCACCACCAGCCCCAGCCAUCCACCGCAGAGCGUCCCAGGUAGCAACUCCUGGGCACCAGCAGUAGGGGCUGGCAGCCACAGAGUGGAAGGAUGGACAGUGUAUGGCCUGGCAACCCUCCUCAUCCUCACAGUCACAGCCAUUGUGGCAAAGAUACUUCUGCAUAUCACAUUCAAAGCCCAUCGUGUUCCUGCUUCAGGGGACCUUAGGGAUUGCCGUCAACCAGGACCUUCAGGGGAAAUCUGGAGCAUUUUUUAUAAGCCUUCUACAUCGAUUUCCAUCUUUAAGAAGAAGCUCAAGGGUCAGAGUCAACAAGAUGACCGUAAUCCCCUUAGACCAGCUCUUCCCUGCCUCUCCCUCCUCAGACUGAGAAGGGGCACCAUGCUGCAGGGCAGCAGAACCCAGAUUCCUCCUGCUUCAUCAGCUACACUUGGGAGAGAGACUCAAAGCCCAGCACCUGGCCUUCCCUGCGUCUCUCUCUUGUCUAGCAGUGGAGAUGUCACACAGUGGGGGCCAAGAUGACAGAGGUGGUGGCAGCUGGCAUUGGGCUCAGGUACAUUCUAGAUGACUGCUGGGUGCUGGGUAGGUUUAGUGUAUAUUGAAUUUUUCUUCUCUGUUUUGUCCACACACAGAUCAGUUUGCUCUGGUCUUUAGUUUGGAACAGGGCCAGACUGGAAGAAUUCAGUUCUCUUGAGGGCUGGCCUGGUUCCACACAAGUAUGGACUCCUGGGCAUUAGCAGUCCCAAAUCCUGAAGAGGGCUGGUGCUCUGUACUGACCCUGGAGCUUUGCUGUCUGAGUGCUGGACUAGGAUGGGCCCAUUCCAGAGGGCCUGAGAAGAGGGUCUAGUGAGCCCCCAUUCAUGUCAAAGCUGCUGCCUUCCACACACAUGCUUUUUUCUAGAGGCUUCUUUCUGCAGCUCAGUGAGCUAUGGAGCAAGCUUGAUGGGAGGGCAUAUAAAAUAUCCACUGCUUUAUCCCUGCUACAGACUCUACUGGAAGUAUUUAUAGGCACUCAGUAACUCCUUUUGAAUUGGAUUUUUUUGGUGGGGGCCAGUACAGGGGAUUGAACCCAGGGCCUUGCACAUGCUAGGCAAGUGCUCUACCACUGCACUGCAUCUCCAGCCCUUUUCAUCUUUUAUUUUUUCCGGAAAUCAAACUCAGGACCCCGCACUUGCCAGGCAGGCAUGGUGCCACUGAGCUAAAUCCCCAGCCCUCAUCUUAUUUUGAGACAGGAUCUCACUAAGUUGCCAAGGCCAGCCUUGAACUUAUGAUGCUCCUGCCUCAGCACCCCCAUAUAGCUGGGCUUACAGGACUGUGCCACUGCACCCAGCUGUGAAUUGUAUUUAUUUGGGCUGGCCCCUGAGAAGUUCAUGGUCCUGUGGAACCUGAGCCAGGCCUUGGGCUUUCUGUUCACUCAGCUGACUCUCAGUUCAGAACAGGGAGUAUAAAGACUGGCAUAGCCUUUUAGGCAGCAUUGUGGCUGAGACCUGGGGCCUGUAGACCCUACUUUAAAACAAGAUAAAAAACACCCUGAGGGCUAUGUGCUCUGCCUUUUCUUAUGAGAACCCAGUGGAAUUAUGAGUGACUCUGUGGGGAAGAAGAGGGCUCUUAUCCCUGGCCCCAUGCCACAUUGUCCCUCACACAGAGAGGUGACCUACAGAGAUUGAGGCAAGGAGAAGGGAGGGCUUGGGAACUGGAGAUCCUCCAAGGACAGGCCUGAAGAUUGAGAGCUCCAGCUGCAGUGGCUGGUAGUUGUGAGAAUAAGUGCCAUCUCUAAUUUAGAGGUCCUGCCAUCCGGAAGCAGGCUUUGUCAACAGCAGCUGAGAAGAGCAGCCCAUGACCCUGUCAGAGCAUGGCUUUCCUGCAGGCACUCGAGCCUUAGUGCUUACGUGCCUCUGCCUUCUCAGGUGCCCUCUUUGGCUCUGAGCCUACCUUCCUCAGAUCCCUAAGCCACUGCCUGCAGUGGCCUUUCCUGGGAUUCCAGCAAUCCAUCUGCACCUGGCUGCUCCAGGAGGACAGAAGGUUGUACGGUGCCAGCUGGGUAAUGUCUGCUGGCAGAGGUGACAUUUGACAACAUGAGCCCAGGAGAGACGUUCAGGGCCAGUAAGCAGAGGGGCAUUCAGAAGAGAGAAAAAGGGCAGUAUGCCCACAGGUUGGCAGAGCACUGGCCCAGGUCCUGUGCAAGACUGCUGAGGGCUAGGAGCCUCUGGGUGUUGUCUUUCUACUUUGAUUGGGAAAGGGUGGUCAUCCUGAAGCAGCUGACCACAGGCCCCUGAGUCCAGAUACAGAGGCCUGUAACACACAAGGACCACUGGAAAUAGACUGAUACGUGCAGUUUCCCCUCCAAGCUAUUUGUGGCUUUUGUGGAAUCUCCUGUCAAAUGCUGGUGUCAGGUGUGGGCAGUCACAAAGGGCCUGUACUGUGAAUAGCUCCAUGUACAUCUCCAAGGGAAUGUGGAAUUUGUCCCUGGGAAGGGCUGGCCUGGCCAGGGGCAUUUGCUCAGUUGCCCUGGGCUAAUGCUAAUCACUGGUCUUGAGCUUCCUGAAGGCCACUCGCCCACCCUGUCUUCUACCCUCCUCACAUCUCAGGACACAGGAGGCCAUGCCCCAGCCUGGUGUUGUCUGAGUGGAAGCUGGAGGAGCCUUUUCGCAGAGGCCCCAGGAAGGUCAGGUGAUGCCCCUGUACUCCUACUCCUGCUUGGCCUGGGCACAGCCUAGCACCUCCAGGACCAACUUCCUCUCCAGGGAGCAGCCCCAGGAAACCCAGACCCACCUCAGGACAGCACUGGGGGAGGAGGGCUGUAAAGUGACCCAAGCCCAACACCAUAAAUGCCUGGCCAUGGGCGGCCUCAGUUAGAACACGUCUGCAGCAUCCCUAUGGCAAGUAAACACCGGAGAAAUAAAAUUAUCUCAGCUGAGGUGAGCCAUGCUUCCAGGAGCCUUGGAGGAGAAGGCACUUGAUCUUUUAAGAAACACCUUUAGAAGAGAGGAGCGGUUGGAAGGGACUGGAAAGGGGUGACCCUGAGGAAAGUAAAUGACAACACAGCAGAAGACCUUAAAAGAGGCAGGGGAAGGCUCAGAGCCUUUCUCAAGGGGAUAGAAUGUGGCCUCUCCUCAGCCCUGUGGAUGGCAGUACCCAGCCUACCCUCCUGAAUGUGCACCCACCAAAGUGUUGCUCCUGUGGUGGCUAUACCUCAUUCAGCUGGGGCCCAGCUGCCUAGUGUCUAGCAGCGUCUCACUGCCCUUGGUCCCUCUGAGGAGGCUGACAGGAGGUCCUGGGUACCCUUGCUCUUCCCCGCUUGUCCAAUCUAUUGCAAAGCAGAGGCUGCACAGGAGUGAACCCCGUGCCUUUCCCCACAUCAGUCACCACUGGGUUGAGGGCUCUGGCUCCAGACUUCUGUCAGCCAGCAGCCCAUGAAGAUCAAAGUACUCCCUGUCCUGGCCCUCAGGUUGAACCAGUGGGGCGUGCCUGGGCCCGUAGCCACCACUACGCCCCAGGCAGCCCAGCCAGGAGCCUGCCUGACUUUUCUUGGGAUGUGGAUCUGGAUCUGGCUGCUGGUCUGACCAACCGGGCACACAACUGGCCAUCACCCAGCUCCUGUGGGCACCAUGCACUUAAUCUUCACAAGCACUUAGAAGUGGACAGCCUUCCAGACCUGGCCUCCUAGAGCCUGGCCAGACCCCCUCUCACAGCUCAGUCAUCUGGGGCUCCCUUGGGUUUCAGAUCUCCUGUUUGAUGUUUGAUGUUGGCUUUUGUUACUCCCUUGGGAAUUUGUAACACUUUGAUUGUUUCUUCUGGUGUCUUUGUUUACCUUCUUCACUGUUCUACCUCCUGGCCAGGUCUCUCAAUUUAGCUGCCCUGGUGUGGGGUGCUUUUCAAACCUUCAGCUGCCACUUGCUCCCCUCAGGCUGGACAGCUGGGGGGUGGGGUGGGAGAGAGACAGACCCCAG